AUGAAAGAAAAUGCACAAGAAGAUACAGUAGUUUACAUCUCUGGUGCUUUACUCAUAAUCAACGAUGGUCCCGAGGUUAUUGACGGUCUGGUGAUGAUGGUGGAAGCGACUACCGUAGAAAGCCUCGGAAUACUGGCAGAUGACAUGCAACCUUCCAAUGGUCGUCUAGCAACAGCCCAUUUCGUAGGUCAAGUCACAACUGCAACCGGAACCAGUGGUCGAGAAUUUGGUCUCAACGUUGGGGCUUAUAGUGCCAAGGACAAAACUCUACUUCGAUUUGAAGUGCAUUUGCACUUUGACGACUCUAACCAUCGCUUCGAUAAAUUCAGAAUUCCACGACCGGGUUCCAAUAUUGAUGUGCAAGCUAAAUGGAAAUCCGACUCCGUGAAUCGUACACAUUGGGUCAUCGAAAACAUCUCAUAUGUGGGACCAGUAUCUACCAUGGAUGGAACUGGGGAUACAGGCUCAUCAUCCUCGCCCAACAAAUGCAAACGUCUGUUUGGUUCCAUGAAACCCACUCAGUCCACUGCCAUGGCGGAUAAUGAUCACACUACACAUCCCUCCCAAUCAACCACCACCGAAUUUACUUCUCCCGAGGCCAGUCCCAGUCAAGAACGCGGACCAACCACUUCGAUGGAAAUAGCAGAGAAGACAGAAAAUGGAAAGUGGAAAGGAAAAGGAAAAGCGGGCCCUCCCAAAAACAAUUGA